ACCAACGUGACGUGAAAACACAGUGCAUGGUCAUAUUCUUUUUCAUGUUAUACACCUGAAAGUAAAGAAAAUGGAAAACGUUUAUUUUCUUUCAAAGAUAUUUAUUUUCGUAGUAUGUAUAAAUAUUUCUAAAGGAGUAGGGGAAGUGUGUAUGAAAGAGGGAAAAGAGCUUUACUGCGAUGCUGGCUACACCUGCUGUAACCAAGGAAACGGAAAAUGCUGCGGACCAGACUUUGUUUGUGGCAUCGACGGAGCCUGUAUUGCUUUGGCGUACCUGAUAUUUCCUCCGAUCAUCACUGUCUUUGUUCUGAUUAUCAUACUCUGCUUCUGUUGUUACUGCUGUCGCAAGGAUAAAGUGAAGAAAAAAGCCUUGGACAACGAGUAUCCAUUCGCCAUGAACGCCUACCCACCGUCCCACAACGUACCGCCCACAGGUGUACCCCUCAGUAUGAUCUCCAAACUGAACAAGAAAACCCCCGUGACCCCCAAACCAUCAAAACCGGUCAACAAAGCUGAGCAGUUCUUAGGACCCUCCCCAAAGUCCUGGGACGAUAGAGAGCUCCCUAAUUCACCAGCCCCUCCCUACAUACAGCCCCAAGGGAAAAGCAAAGGGCGCCACAAAGACGUUUAUUGAAAUCUGUUGCAUGAACAUCUAUCCAGUUGUAAUAAAUUUUGAUUUUA